GAUCAAGCAAGGUAAGUGGGCGAGUGGGUGGAGCGCAGUGUAAACAAAUAGUGACAAGUGAAGUGACGGUGUGAUUAUCGUGGCUGUCAGCUGUGUCAUCAACUCGCGGGUCGUUACCAGGGCACACAGCACCUCAGGGUGCGUCGCGGCCUGGAAAAAAAAUAAAUAAAUAAAUAAAAUAAUAAUAAUACCAUCGUGGCUGUGCUGUGUGCUUCCUGUAAAUCCACUGCUCUUGUUAAAUUUCUUUAUUUACCCGUGAGCCUCACAUCUUAGUAAAAGAAAAAAAUGCUGCAGUUCAAUAAAAGGCUCCAGGAUGGCCUCUCCCUUGUCAACACCACUGAUGUUGGCAAAGUGAGUGGACUGGUGGGCAGGGUUUGCACUGCACUCGCCGCUGGAUGCUCUCAGGUGUUUACGGAGGAAGAAGAGGAAAAGCUGAGUGGUUCACUGGGCCUCAAAGUGGAGCAAAUCAAGCACCUUACCCACACAAUACUUUACAUCAUGCAGCAGGCUGCUCAGGGAAUGGUGCGGCCAGCAUCUCUAGGGGAGCAGCUAAAGGUGGCUGGUGUACUGGAGGAUCGUGUGGAGUUCUUUGUGCAGAACUGGAGUAUUCAUGCCAGAGCCAUUGUCGAUAGGCUGAGGCAGCACUCCCUGGCUGACAGACAGCUGAAGGAAGUUGGAUGGUCUCUGAACCUGGAGACAUCCUCAUCCUGCCUGGCACGACAGGCUUGUCCAGUGGCCCACCUUCAGCUAGGACUUGACAAGGGAAGUGGAUGGGAAAGAGAAGAGAAAGAGACAGAAAAAAUUGUGUUGCAGUUUAACCAAGAACAAUUGUUUGGAUUGUACACUCAGCUGGAGCAGAUUCAGGAACAGUUGGAUGCAUUACGGUAGUCCAGUAUGAUAGAAAUGAAACUCAUGAUACUGUUGGUGAUUGUACAUAACAAAGACAACCUUCAUGGAAGCUCCUCAUUAUUCAGGAAGUUUGCCAUGUCUGCCACCUGGACAAGACUACUAAGAUCAUAAGGGGGAGUUACUUAACAUUUUUAAGCUCCUUUUAUCUUUGAUUAGUUGCUGUGAUUAUGAAGUAUUGUAUUUGACAUCUUACAAGAGUAUUUCCUCAAAACUUCCAUAAAAACAUUUAGUGUUUAAGUUAUAUAUAUGUUUGUGGUCCAAGUGGAGUGGCUUGAGUAUGAAGGUGCUUUCAGUGACCCAUGCUGUGAUGUUUUAGCAUGUGGAUCAAUAAUGAGACCGGCCUGCUGGAACUAAGCACAACUUUGUAUCCCACAAAAGGGAGCAGUCAGUGGCAUGCUUAUCAAGCUUAAAUUGUUUUAAUGGUUAGAAAUCCAACCAUUCAUUCUAUCAUAUAAUGUCAGGUUCUGGGUGGAGCCAUCAAAACAUGCUUCCAGUUCUACUUGACAAAAAGCAAUUCCAUCAUUAUCGCCAUGUCAGUAAAACUGGACAGGUGACACUGGUGGCACAGGUAAGCAGUUGAAUGUGUGCAGACAGCAGUAUCAUCUUGUAAACUAUGAGUCUAUAUCAAAUAAUGGGUGUUUGUUCCAGGCUCCUCUUUUAAAGCUAUCUUUCCAUUUUUGUUCCCUUGGCUGACAUAAUUUUACAAAUAAAAUUAAUUUAUCUCUACUUUCCUUUGAGAUGCAUCUUCCAGGGUCCAUAUUUCUAUACUCUAUCAAAUAGAGUAAUAUGAUAGGUUAUGUGAUUGAUUUUAUUGAGUGAUCCUAUCUAACUGAUGAUAUGUGUUUCUUGAAUCUGGAUCCCCUCUCCAGUGUUUGUGUAAAGGAGAGUUGUGAAAAGGAUGAUGGUAAUAGAGAUAGCUGGGUUAGAGACAUAUGAGUAUCUCUGUGUCUUUAUUGAGUUAAUGAAUUCUGAAUACAUUUGAAAUAUAUUGGUUGGAUUUUUUUCAUUAUUGAAUUGAGGAAGUUAUCAGAAUUUGUGUUUGUUUUAAUUAUUAAUAAUUCCUUAGGAAAUGCCCUCAUGAUUUGUUUUCUUUUUUGGCUCAAAUUAUUUCUUUAAGAAUAAGGAGAGAGCUAUAGAGGACAAUUAAAUAAUUAUUAUUGAUGUCCAUAUGCCCUUUCAGACAUCAACCACCACAUUGUUUAAAAUGGAUUACAUGACUGUAAGUUAGGAUACCCAGAUUGAUUACAGCACAGAAUGUUGAACAGUGAGGUCACCAAAUCCUUACAAUAUAAUUUUACAAACUGUA